CAAAACAGAGUAGUAGAAGGAAGCAGUUAUAAAACAGCGAAUUAAGUGCACUCUCUUGAGAACCAACACCAACGCCAAAACCAAAACCAAGUCUUGAACUUGAACUUGAAGUCCAUGUCCAACGUCAACCUAAACCAACUUGUCUUAUCUGUACUUGCAAAAUGCAAUCACCUCAACCAUCUGAAGCAACUCCAAGCCUUUCUGUUCGCUCUAGGCCAUUCCCAAACCCAGUUCUAUGCCUUUAAGCUCGUCCGUUUCUGCGCUCUCUCUCUCGUCAACCUUCCUUACGCUCGCUUUAUCUUCGACCAUCUCCACUCUCCCAAUGUCUAUCUCUAUACUGCCAUGAUUACCGCCUAUGCGUCUCACCAUCACCACUCCGCUUUUCUCUUGUACCGCCAAAUGCUUCGUCUGCGACACCCUUCCCCCAACCAUUUUAUCUAUCCACACGUCCUCAAAUCUUGUCCUCACCUUUCCUAUUCUCAUGCCACUAAAAUGGUGCAUACCCAGAUUUCAAAAUCCGGUUUUCUUCGAUACCCGGUUGUGGAAACGGCUCUUCUUGAUUCUUACUCUAAGUUUUCUUCGGGCAUCGCAAGUGCCAGACAGGUGUUUGAUGAAAUGUCCGACAGAAAUGUUGUCUCCUGGACUGCUAUGAUUUCUGCCUGCACCAGACUUGGGGACAUUGAUUGCGCUAUAUCAUUGUUUGAAAAUAUGCCGGAUAGAGAUGUUCCUGCUUGGAAUGCUCUUAUUGCAGGGUGUGCCCAAAACGGGUUCUUCUCUGAGGCAAUUUCACUUUUCAGAAGAAUGAUCAAUCUUGUACUGAAGGAGCAGCAUAGUCAUCAUGGUAAUAGGCCGAAUCAGGUUACAAUUGUUUGUGCACUCUCGGCUUGUGGCAACACUGGCAUGCUCCAGCUUGGUAAAUGGAUACAUGGUUACAUCUAUAAAAAUAGUAUCAAUUAUGAUACUUUUAUUUCAAACGCUCUAAUAGAUAUGUAUGGGAAAUGUGGGAACUUGAAAGAAGCAAGAAGGAUCUUUGACAUGACUUUGAACAAAAGCUUAACCUCAUGGAAUUCCAUGAUCAAUUCUUUUGCUCUCCAUGGCCAAAGCGAGAGUGCAAUCACCGUGUUUGAGGAGAUGAUGCAAUGUGAAGGUGAUGUCAAACCAGAUGAGGUUACAUUUGUUGGCUUGUUGAAUGCUUGUACUCAUGGAGGACUGGUUGAAAAAGGCUUUUCUUAUUUUGAGUUGAUGACUCGGGAUUAUAAAAUUGAGCCCCAAAUUCAACAUUAUGGGUGCUUGAUAGACCUUCUUGGUCGAGCAGGUAGAUUUGAAGAAGCCAUGGAAGUUGUGAGGGAAAUGAGUAUGGAACCUGAUGAGGUUGUUUGGGGUUCUUUGCUUAAUGGCUGUAAGAUUCAUGGCCGUACAGAUUUGGCAGAAUUUGUAGUCCAGAAAUUGAUUGAGAUUGAUCCAAAUAAUGGUGGUUAUGGUAUAAUGCUAGCCAAUAUAUAUGGGGAGUUGGGGAAGUGGGAUGAGGUCCGGAAGGUGAGGAAGAUCUUGAAGGACCAGAAUGCCUAUAAAACUCCAGGUUGCAGUUGGAUUGAGGUCGAUAACCAAGUUUAUCAGUUUUAUUCCGUUGAUAAAUCACAUCACAGAACAGAGGAGAUAUACAAAAUCUUGGAAAGUCUGCUUGGUUUUAUUAGUUUGAAGUGAAGAAAGGCGAGUCUUCUCUCUUUUAUUGCUUCUUUCUUUUACAAAGAAGAGGAGUUGAAAGUGGGAGAAAGAAAAUUAUUGUUAUUUAAAGUGCAAGGAAGCUGCAAAAGCAAAUUUUCCAAUUCUGGCUGAAAAAUCAGGGGUUGAAAGAUGCAAGUUGAAUUUGGUUUCAUUGGAGUUGAGUGCAUUUUUUACAUUUUGGGGAGAAUAUAAGGAAAAUAGGUUUCAGUAUACGGCAAACAGGUAAUAUCCAUGGCUGCACUGAAGAGUUCCACCACAGCUCUAAGUUGCAUAUGCCAAUGCCUCCCAUUGAUGUAAGUUCCCCAGCCUCACCUCCUUAUCUACAUGCAUGGUUUCUGCAUGAUUUUUCCUUAUAUUAUUAUUUAUUACAUGUUUGUCCUUGUAUUUGCUCCUACUCUCUGCAUCUGAUGAACAUAAUAUAUUCCAUGACUUAUUUUUCUCAGUGAAGUUACAUUCAUAAAGAUGCAAAAGGGGCUACCGAAGCAUGUGUUUAUGAUUCUUAUGAUAAAUCAAAUAUUUGCAUGCUAUAUUAGGUAUAUAAAAACAUUUGAUUGUGGAUGUUAAGAACUGACUGAUCACCAUUUACGGUUAUCACAUUCUUAUGCACUUACAGGUAAGAAAUAUUUACCAAAGGAAUAAACUGAGAAAUUAGAGAGAUAAACUGACUCCUCUCUCUCUCUCUCUCAAGAUUCCACAUUCACUUUUCCAUUGUGGGUUAGAUUUUAUAUGAAGUCCUGAUGGAGCCAAUCAAGAGUCAGUUGCAGUAUCUAGUCUAAAUCUCAAGGCAUCAAAGUUUGAAAGAAUGAAAUUUGAAGGUUCAAAGUUUGGAAUACAAGUUUUGAAGAAACUUCGAGUGCCACUAAGAGAUUUCUCCAUAUAUGUCCAAAUUAGGAUAUGAUGCAGUGGAAUGUGGUCAUAUAAUUCAUUUCUUGGGGAAAGACUUUCUAUCAUUUGCAGUAAA